CCUGAUGUCUGAUUGUGGCUAUGGCUAUUGCAGGCGAUUGAAUGGCUGCCUCGUCAAAAGGGUGCACAUUCUAUUUUGCUGUAAUUAAUUUUACGUUACUUGGUGAUUUGUCCGUGAAAUAUUCUCUGUCUCAUAUAAUUUGGAUUAUUGAAAUCACAGCAAUAGCAAUAGCAAUAUCAGAAAUUCUGAAAUGGAAAAAAGCGCGGAUGGAUUAUUGUUUCGCGCAGAGAGAAAUAAUGGGGCUAGUGAAGGAACACUGGGCAUGGCUUGUGAUGAAAAAGUGGCGAUCCUGGAUGCAGGAGCGCAGUAUGGGAAAGUGAUCGAUCGCAAAAUUCGUGAAUUAAAUGUUCAUAGUGAAAUUCUGCCUCUCGACACGUCUGCAUUUACCCUUCAAGAAAAAGGCUAUAAAGCUAUUAUAAUUUCUGGAGGUCCAAGUUCGGUGUAUGCAGAAGAUGCACCUAAAUAUGAUGCAGAUAUUUUCAGAAUAGGUAUUCCAGUACUAGGUAUUUGUUAUGGCAUGCAAAUGAUAAACAAGGAGUUUGGUGGCACGGUAAUUAGUAAGGAUGGUCGAGAAGAUGGCCAAUUUCCAAUUGAAAUAGAUUCCAAGUGCCUGUUAUUUAAGGGCUUGGAAAAAGAACAAAUGGUAUUGCUAACACAUGGAGACAGUAUAGAUAGGGUGGCUGAUAAUUUUCACAUUACUGCCAGAUCAUCAAACUUUAUAGCAGGAAUAGCGAGUGAUAAAAUGAAUUUGUAUGGAGUACAAUUUCACCCAGAAGUAGAUCUUACACCUAAUGGAAAAACGAUGCUGCACAAUUUUUUGUUUGGGAUUGCCGGCCUUACUGGCAAUUAUACACUUCGCGGCCGGGAGGCUCAGUGUAUUCAAUACAUCAAAGAUACAGUUGGCAACAAGAAAGUUCUGUUAUUAGUGAGCGGAGGUGUGGAUUCUACAGUAUGUGCAGCACUGUUGCAUAAAGCUUUAAAUAAGGAUCAAGUCAUAGCUCUGCAUAUCAAUAACGGCUUUUUGCGGAAAGCGGAGUCACAAUAUGUGGAACAAAUUUUUGCACAAUUGGGAAUCCGAUUAAAAGUCAUAAAUGCUGGACGGUACUUCAUGCAAGGAACUACAACGGUACCCUUAGAUAAUGUAACGCCCGUAGCCAAUGCAAAUACCAUUAAUAAUAAAGGAAUAUGCGGGACUGCAACUAGUCCGAGAACAAGAGUAACUAAAAUGUUAUGUCAAACAACCAAUCCAGAAGAGAAACGAAAAAUUAUAGGAGAUGUUUUUGUAAGAGUAGCCAAUGAAGCAAUGGCAGAGAUGGGUCUCAAGCCAGAAGAAGUGUUCCUUGGGCAAGGCACUCUAAGGCCUGAUCUUAUAGAAAGUGCGAGUGCAUUAGCUAGUGGAAAAGCAGAUGCAAUAAAAACACAUCACAAUGAUAGUGAACUUGUUAGAACGUUGAGAUCACAAGGACAAGUAGUAGAACCAUUAAAAGAUUUUCAUAAGGAUGAAGUCAAACAAUUAGGAUGUGAUCUUGGCUUGCCAGCACCACUGGUUACUCGUCACCCGUUUCCCGGGCCUGGUCUUGCCGUACGCAUUCUGUGUGCAGAUGAACCUUAUAUGGAUAAAGAUUUCUCGGAAACGCAGGUGAUAGUUAAAAUAAUGGCAGAAUACGAGCAAAUGCUUCAAAAAAAGCAUGGAUUAUUGAACCGUGUGGAAGGCGCGACGAGUGAAUCUGAACGUCAAUAUUUGAGACAGCUCUCUAGUUACCGUCAUAUUUCCGCAACACUUUUGCCUAUACGCAGUGUAGGAGUGCAGGGAGAUCGAAGAAGUUAUAGCUAUGUAGUAGGCUUAUCUAGCGAAGAAAACUUGUCCGAGGGAAUAGAGUGGAAGGAUUUGUUGUUCCUCGCUAAAUUAAUUCCACGUGUAUGUCAUAAUGUAAAUCGUGUAUGCUUCAUCUUCGGCCCUCAAAUACAUCAUCCUGUAACGGAUAUCACACUGACUCAUCUUACAUCGAACGUGAUAGCUACGCUACGACAAGUGGAUCAUGUAGCAAAUUUAGUACUAGCUACCAACGGCUGUAUGGGAGCAAUCAGUCAGAUGCCAGUAGUUUUAAUUCCCAUACACUUCGAUCGUGACGCUGCUUCUCGAAUACCUUCAUGCCAACGAUCAGUCGUUCUUAGGCCAUUUGUUACUAACGAUUUUAUGACUGGCACUCCAGCUAUUCCUGGGGAGGAGUUGCCGCUCCAUGUGGUGAAGAAAAUGGUGACCGAAAUAUCUUCAAUACCCGGUAUCUCGCGUGUUUUAUACGACUUAACAUCCAAACCGCCAGGAACUACCGAAUGGGAGUAGUAAACGCUCAUCUCUGACUUACCCUUUCUAUUUUUUCACCUUCCCAGCGCGUAACAAUAACAAAGUAAAAAAUAUAUUUAAAAAUAUAUAUAGAUAUAUAUAUAUAUAUAUAUUACAAAAAUACGUACGAAUCCGAAGUUUAUGACUUCUUACCGAUUUAUAUGAAACCUUUGAGCAAAGUACUUUAAAAAAAAUAUGUUCUCUCAACUGUAAGUUAAUAUGUUACCUAAUAAUACUGAUACUGUGUUCAAUGAAAUUGAAGGUAAGUAUCAUGUUUGCUUGUAAAUAGGUUUCUUAUUAACCUCAUUGUAAAAAUAUUAAUUUAUUAAAUUCCGAAGGGUUUACAUUACAUCAUUGUUACAUUGCAAAAGGUUGCAUUUGAUUGGUGGUACCAUUAGGUUGCUGUUAUACUCAAUUUGCAUAUAAUGUUGAACGUAUUUUACUGUUUUCCUAUAUGUCCUAUGCCAAAUGCAAUUUCCACUUUUUGUCAUACAUCUAAAAAUGCGAACAUAAAUAAGUUAAUGUAUUAUCUUUAAUAUCGUUUUUAUUUAACAGCCGUAAAUGAGUAAAAUAAUAUCUAUUCCCUAAAUCCUCUGUGUUAUAUUAAUGUCCACCUGUUAUAAGGGUGUAUGUAUGAAUAUUGAAUAGAGAAUAUAGAUUACCUGUGCAUGGUUUUCAAUAAGA